AUGUCAGCAGAAGUGCCCAAGCGCUCAAUCGAGGAGUACUUGAUGUUUUUCAGGCAUUGUGGGAAGCCUCCUAAUUAUAAUAUGGGGGCAGAAGUGUACCAUCCUAACUUCUACGCACGACAACUUGGCUGCCCACAACUCAUUCCACUCAAAUCUUACAGGAGCUGCAAUCGGGCUGCUUCCUGGAGAGAUGCUGAUGACCUGGAAGUGCACAAGGAUGCUAGGUGUGCAGUAAACAAGAUCAACAAUGGUGCAGAUGCCCUUUAUCCAUCUUGGGAAUGUAAUUCCUGCAGUUCUGCCGAGUUUGAUGCUUGGUGGAAACCCAGAUUUCGUGGUUUGCCAGCCUCUAUUACUGCACUCAAGGUUCUUUUUUGUGGCUGGAACUCCUGGACUGUCUACACGGAGGUGGAUGCCAAGAACUUUAUGAUGCAAACCAUCAAAGAUAUUAAUGCCCAAAUUAUAGAAGUCAGUUCUGUUAUCUCAGCUGGAGAUUUAGUACUCCCCUCUGCAGAUGAAAAGGAUAAGGCUCAGACAGAACAAACAACAGUGGAGGCCACUCCUCCUGCCAGGAGGAAAAGAAAAGAAACUGCCCCUGUUCAGGACAAUGCUGCGCAGCCUGAAAUUUCUGCCAAGAGUCCUCCUCCUCCUCCUAUUAGGUCAAAAAGACUUAGAAAGAGGACUGUGGUGAAGUAUGUGGCCAUGAAAGAAACUGCGGCGGCUCCCACCACCACUUCUAGAAUAGAUGAAGAGUUGAGAGAGGCCUUUGAGGCAGUGGAGCAGGAGAAAGAGCUAGAAGAGGAGCAAAUCCCUGCUAAAGUGAUUGUAGAGAGCAUCGCUUUGGCGCAGAAGCAGCAAGAGAACCUAAGGGCUAGUUGGGUUCAGAAGUGUCUCAUCUGUAUGCUUGCCACUGCACUAUGUCACAUGGUAUCACAGGUAACAGCUUCAACAAAUGCAGCCUCCGAAUAG